AUGCCUGGCAUUCCUGUCCCUUUCAGCGACAUCGCGAAGCCCGCGAACGAUCUCCUCAACAAGGAUUUCUACCACACUACCGCCGCCAACCUCGAGGUCAAGUCCAAGGCACCGAACGGCGUUGUCUUCAACGUCAAGGGCAAAUCCGCGCACGAUGGUCCCAUCUCAGGCUCGGUGAGCACCACGAUAACCAGAGACCAACUAAGAAUAUCACAUGUUAACGGCCAGGGAAAGAUCGAAGGGAAAUACACCGACAAGGCAACUGGUCUCGCCCUCACCCAAACCUGGACCACCUCCAACAGCCUCGACACCAAACUCGAACUCGAAGACAACAUCACCAAGGGCCUCAAAGCCGAAGUUCUGACAAACUAUCUGCCCGCCAAGUCCACUUAUGGCGGCAAGCUGAACCUGUUCUACAAGCAACCAAACAUCCACACCCGCCUGUUCACCGACCUGUUCAAGGGACCUACCGCCACUUUCGACGUCACGCUCGGCCACGAGGGAUUCUUGAUCGGUGCCGAGGGAGGAUAUGACGUCGGCAAGGCCGCGAUCACAAAGUACGCGCUUGCCGCAGGAUACUCCCAGGGGUCGUAUGCAGCCGCCAUCACGGCGACGAACAACUUGACCGUCUUCUCCGCGAGCUAUUACCAUAGGGUCAACACCCUAGUCGAGGCUGGUGCAAAGGCAACCUGGGACAGCACGGCUGGAAGCAAUGUCGGCUUGGAGGUCGCAACCAAGUACAAGCUUGAUCCCAGCUCUUUCGCCAAGGCCAAGAUCAACGACCGCGGUAUCGCCGCCCUGGCAUACAAUGUCAGGCUCGGCACCGGCGUAACUCUCGGUCUGGGCGCAUCUCUCGACACGCAGAACCUCAACCAGGCGGCCCACAAAGUUGGCGCAAGCUUCACGUUCGAGGGAUAA